AAACUGAUCUCCAUUAUGGAACAUUCUGGACUCAGGACAUUACAUUGUAACUAUGUACAUAGAUCUACAAUAAACAAGAAAGAGGGGCUUGAUGUUCCAAGGAUUUUUGUGCAAGGGAAAUUCUCAAAGUAUGUGGAACAAGAUGCAUCUCCGUGUGCCAGCUUUCACCAAGGCAACUGUAAUCAUAAAUACAGUAAUGACUUAAAGGAUUGUGAACUAGAGGUCAGAGCUUCAUCACAGUCAGAAGCUCAUUGUGACUUUAAUGUAACUGAUAUUGAGAAUAAAGAUUGA